CCCUCACAAGCUCACAAAACACAUCGCCCUGCUGCUCUCUCUUCUCCACCCACUCUAUAGCUUAGCUUGGACUAGAUCUCACAUUUUCUUUCGGUUUCUCUCCACGCCACCACUCCCUCCUUGCCUUCCCCUUCCUCUCCUCAUCCUCCCCCUCCCCCAUUCUCCCAGAUCUUCCCCCAUAUCUCUCUGUCUCGCCGCAAUCCGCCUCACAAUCUGAGAAGCUUUCUUCCUUCGGCUCCAGCUUCUUGUUCGCUUGCUUUCUCUCCUUUUGACUCGGAGCUAAGCUGCAGGAAGCCCAAAAUUUGCAAGAAAAGCAACAGGUCAAGAAAGAGGGAGUGGGAGGGAGGAAAGAAAGAUGGUGAUGAUGGCGAUAAGUCGCCCCAUGAUUCGCGCCAUCAUUCCGUCUCCCCCGAGGCCAGUGCGCUGGUAAAAGGGCCUCGCCGUCCGGCCGGCCGUGCGCGCGCGUGGGAGAGGGGUGGGCGGAGGUGCGGGAGAGUGGGUGUUUGCCACAAUGCCGCAGUACCAGGAGCUGCCCUGCGGCGGGCAGGUGCUCGACAUCGACACGGCGCUCAAGGACGGCAUCCUGGGUGGGGCGCCGGAGCUGGGUGACGCCGCGGCGGGGGACGGAGGGAAGCAGCCCGUGGAGCUGAGGAAAAUGAUGGACGAGCUGGACGCGGCGGGGGACGGCGGGGGGGACGAGGCGGUGCCGGUGGUGUUCAUCUGCCCGAUCUCGCUCGAGCCCAUGGUGGAUCCGGUGACGCUGUGCACCGGGCAGACGUACGAGAGCGCCAACAUCUCGCGGUGGUUGGCCCUCGGCCACCGGACGUGCCCCACCACGAUGCAAGAGCUCUGGGACGUCACGCCCAUCCCCAACACCACGCUCCGGCAGCUCAUCGCCGCCUGGUUCUCCCGCCGCUACACCCGCUUCAAGAAGCGCUCCGCCGACUUCGACGGCCGGGCCGCCGAGCUCGUCCACGGGCUCCGCGGCACGGCCGUCCCGAAGAGGCAGCCCCUCAAGGGGCAGGCCAGGGUAGCAGCGCUCCGGGAGUUGCGCUCCCUUGCCGUCACCCACCAGUCCGUGACCAAGGCCAUCGCUGAGGCCGGCGGCGUCGGGCUGUUGACCUCCCUUCUCGGCCCAUUCACCUCACACGCCGUGGGGUCUGAGGCGGUCGCCAUUCUUGUGAGCGGUGUGUCACUCGACGCUGACGCUAAGGCCGCAUUGAUGCAGCCGGCGAAGGUGUCGCUCCUGGUGGACAUGCUUAAUGAGGGUGCGGUCGACACGAAGAUCAAUUGCGUGCGCCUCAUCCGCAUACUCAUGGAGGAGAAAGGUUUCCGGCCAGAAACAGUAGCCAGCCUGAGCUUGUUGGUUGGUGUCAUGCGCCUCAUUCGAGACAAGCGGCAUCCGGAUGGUGUGGCUGCUGGGCUUGAACUGCUCAAUUCAAUAUGUGCAGUGCACAAGCCAGCGAGAAGUUUGAUUGUUAGCAUUGGUGCGGUGUCGCAACUAGUAGAAUUGCUUCCAGAGCUGCCAACGGAGUGUGUAGAGCCAGCGCUGGAUAUCUUGGAUGCGCUUGCCGCAGUCCCGGAGGGUCGGACAGCGUUGAAGGACUGCCCCAGGACAAUCACCAACGCUGUGAGAUUGUUGAUGAGGGUAUCGGAAGCAUGCACACGACGAGCAUUGUCAAUGUUGUGGGUCGUGUGUAGAAUGGCGCCUGAAGAGUGUGCACCAGCUGCUCUUGAUGCAGGGCUGGGGGCCAAGCUUCUCUUGGUCAUUCAGAGUGGAUGCGGACCAGAGCUGAAGCAGCAAGCGUCUGAACUGCUCAAGCUGUGUACCAUGAAUUGCACAUCUACGGUAUUCAUCUCCAAGUGCAAGCUCACGAAGACAAUCCAGUGACAAGUUUGGAAUUGAGCUUGUUCCGCUUGUGAUUUGGUUCGACGGUGAAUGGUUCAAUGUUUGGACCUCGCAUAAUCAGAAGAAAUUACGCAAUUGGCAAUUGGCAGUCGACAACGUCUAUGUAUAGAUAAACUUUUCAGCUUAUGCACAGCACAGCCAAUUCAGUGAUGAGUGGGUGGGAUGUACAUGCAAAUGGAUGACGAUUUUGGUCAGCUCAAUAAGCGCUCAAGGCUGGGAGGUGGUAAGUACAGCCAGUUUUGCCAUUAGUAGUAGAAAAUUAAGCAAGAAACCUGCUAUUUAGAUUUUCGGCAAUGUGGGUCUUUCAGGGCUGUAGAUGUUCUUCCUUUUCUCAUCUUCGGUGUAAUUGAUGGUAUAAACUGGGUAGAAUUGUAUACAGUACUGUGGCUUCAUAAUUGAAAUACACAUUGCCAUAGGCCAUAUCUCGGAAAUUCUCAUCUUUGAUUGCUUUGGUUGUCCAGUUAAAUUGAAGGGUUGCAUUUGUCCUGUAGCAUGUACUGAAAUGCUUCAGGAGACACUCCUGGUGCUGAAACUAAAACAGUAGAACAAUGAGGUCUGAUGUCACAGCUUGUGCUGGUGCUCUCAACUUGUUGUCUAUUUGCAGUGCCAGCAUAUCUUAUAUUUAACAAGCAUUAGCAUCCCAUUUGGAAUCUAGA